AUGGCCACCACCCUUCUCCCAUGGAGCCAGGCUACAUCUUACACUGACUUCCUGAAGAGGCACCAGGACAACCCGAAAUCUGACUUGCAGAGUGACAGCACCUACUGCAACCUGAUGAUGCAACGGAGACACCUGAACUGCCAGCGAGGCAACACCUUCAUCCAUGCCAGCGAACAGCAGCUGACUUCCAUCUGCAAUUCCAGAGGGAAGAUCCUGGAUGGGAACCAGACCAGCAAGACCCUCUUCCCGAUCACCAUCUGCACCCGGGGGAAAGGCCUCCGAAGAGUCUUCUGCAGGUACAAGGGGAAAAGCAAAAUCAAGAGGAUCCGGGUCACCUGCGAGAAGGGUCUCCCUGUCCACUACAUUUCUCAUGCUUAA